AGGACCCAGCGGUACAAGAAGAAAUUUCCAGAAAGGACGACAGGCUCCUCGCCUUGUUAAAAGAUGUUUAUGUCGAGUCCAGAGACCCACCUGCGCGGGUAAAAGAUGGAGGUGGUGAACAUCUUCCAUGUAAACAGGAGGAAAAGAGACUUACAAAACUAAGCCACUUGGGAUAUCUAGAUGUUAUGAAAGUUCCCAAAGGCAAAAUUUCCAUUGUGGAGGCUCUGACCCUUCUUAAUAAUCAUAAACUUCGUCCUCAAAUAUGGACUGCAGAGAAAAUAGCAGUGGAAUACAGUCUGGAACUGAAGGAGGUCAACUCUCUUCUGGAAUUCUUCAUUCCUUUCACUGUGCAGGAAUUUCCUAAAGAAACCAAAAAAGCUAUAAACCCAACAUAAAAAUAAUUACCAAAACUUUGCGUGAUCUCACUUGUGUCUUAAUUUUGCUCUUGAGUAUAUUCAGUGUCUGAAAAGAGUUGGUAACGUGUCAUCCAACAAGGCUGCUUCCUUAUACCACUAAGAUGUAUAUUCAAGCAAUUCUAUUCUAUAUUGGAUUGCUUCAGUUAAAUGCAGCAAUUAUAGGAUACAAUUUGUAAACCAGAAUAUAACUAAUGAGUUGUAUGA